GCGCCCCAUACAGGGCGGGUCGCCUUUUAUGGAAACUAUGAGUUCCACCCACCUGAGUUAAACCCUGUCAGUCUUCUACUAAAGAGCACAGAUCCUUUGGUAAUAAGUCUUUACGCAUUCUAGGGAGGAACUGGAAAAUUAACAGAAUGAGCUAUCCAGGAUAUCCCCCUCAGUCAGGUGGCUACCCACCACAGCCGGGGAUGUACCCUCCUCAACCAGCUGCUUACCCUCCUCAGCCAGGAUGUUACCCUCCCCAAGCAGGAGGAGGCUACCCACCACAGCCAAGCGGCUACCCUCCUCAGCCUGGUGCCUACCCUCCUCAGGCUGGAGGUUACCCACCUGCACCUCCCCCAGGGUCCUGGGGAGGUGGCCCUACCAGUGGAUACCCCUCCCCCGGUUUGGACGGCUUUUCCAACACUGGAUACGGCAUGCCUGGGGGGGGCAUGCCCCAACAGCAGUGGCCCGGAAUGGGCUACCCUGGCCAGCCAGGCCAGCCUGGUCAGCCAAUGCCUGGGUACCCUGGUGCACCAUCACCCAACCCUCCCAUGCCUGGUUAUGGAGGAGGCCCAGCACCCGCUCCAGCGCCUGGACUAGGACCAGGACCCAUGCCAGGAUAUCCAACGGACCCAUCACUGAAUCCGCCAGUGCCGUCCUUUGGUGGUGGAGCCAUGCCAGUGAACCCUGUCAUCAAUAGAGGAUUCAGGGGAACAAUCGUGGACUAUCCUGGAGCCGACCCGCUCAAAGACGUAGAGGUCCUGAGGAAAGCCAUGAAGGGUUUUGGAACUGAUGAACAAGCCAUAAUUGAGUUACUGGGGAGUCGCUCCAAUAAGCAGCGCGUUCCUUUGCUCCGAGCCUACAAGACCUCCUACGGGAAGGAUUUGAUUAAAGACCUAACAUCAGAACUCUCUGGAGACUUCAGGAAGCUGGUUUUGUCCUUGCUGAAGACCCCAGCUGAGUUUGAUGCCUCUGAACUCCGCAGUGCCAUGAAGGGAGCUGGAACAGAUGAGGCCUGUCUGAUAGAGAUCUUGUCUUCUCGCUCCAACGAGCAAAUCAAAGAGAUAAAUCGACUUUACAAAGCAGAGCACAAGAAGUCCCUUGAAGAAGCCAUUCAGAGUGAAACUUCAGGCCACUUCCGCCGGCUCCUAAUUUCUCUGGCCCAGGGGAACCGGGAUGAACGAGAGACCGUUGAUGCCUCCUUGGCUCAGCAAGACGCUCAGGCCCUGUAUGCUGCUGGGGAAAACAAACUGGGUACAGAUGAGUCCAAAUUCAACGCCAUCUUAUGUGCCAGGAGCAGGGCCCAUCUCAGAGCAGUGUUUUACGAAUACCAGAGGAUGUGUGGCAGGGACAUUGAGAACAGCAUCAGCAGAGAGAUGUCUGGAGAUCUGGAGAGCGGCAUGCUAGCAGUCGUAAAGUGUAUUAAGAACACACCUGCCUACUUUGCUGAGAGACUUUACAAGGCCAUGAAGGGGCUUGGGACUAAAGACCGAACCCUGAUCCGAAUCAUGGUCUCCCGCUCUGAGGUUGACAUGCUGGAUAUUCGUCAGGAGUACAUUAAGAACUAUGGAAAAUCGCUGUACACUCACAUCUCCGGAGACACAUCAGGAGACUACAAGAAACUCCUACUAAAACUUUGUGGUGGCAAUGACUAAGAAAAUUCUACAAGUCAGGGAAAUUUACAGCAAAACAGAUGUUUCUAUGUAAUGUAUAUGGAUUAUUUUCUAGCUUUUUAAUGCAUUAUACACAAUCUGCAAACCUACUCUGCCACCUUUUUCAAUGCUAUGUUAAUGCGGUUGUACUUGCUGUUCAUUGUUUACCUCUAUAUCAUACAAAGUAAAGGCUUUAUAUUUUUUAUGUUGACCUGUGCAAGGAUAUAAAAUAUUUUAAGAGUAUAAAAUAGAAUAUUAGCUAUACAGUUUUAUGAUUUUUUUAAACGCUAAGCGUGCCAUAUGAUAUUAAAGAGACAAUGUUUAGAUUUUACCGUUAACCUCUGGAAAUAUCCAAUGAAAUGUUGUCGAAAAUUAAUUAAAUAAUGCCCAGUUGUUGAAAAAUAUUAGCAACUUUGUAAAAUAAAAGCAUAAAAAUCUGGUCUAAAAUUUAUGGGAGCGGGUUUAAGGCCCAAUCCCAAUAGCGCAAUCCUGGGCAGGGUGCAAGUGCGUAGAGUGUCCCGAUUCUCAAGUGCGGAAGUUGAUCACAUCCCUUUUGGGUCCUUGAUCCACUCUUCACCCACGUGUGUGAAGAGUAUUACCCAAAAUCCAUUGCUGCGGGAGAAAAGUCACAAGUGCCCUUUCUAAAAAUGUUUUUUUUAAUGAAAUUUGUUUAUUUUAGUACAAUUAGUUGAUGCUCUGAAUGUUUUAGACAAAGCAGCAAUGAAUGUAAAUCGAUUUCAAAUAGUUUGGUUGUUUGUUUGAAAGUUGUUAAUAAAGGGUUUUUUUAAAAAGGUAUCACAGCAACCACCAUCCCGGCAUGCGUUGCGGUCGAUGACGCAAUACCCCCUGUCCCAAUUCGGCAAUUAUUUGCACACUUGUGUACCACGCACUGGAAGCCUUACUGCGCACUUCCUCCAAGUGCACUUCACAGAAGACCGUAGAGGGCGCAGUGAGAUUAUUGGGAUUGGGUCUAAGUCUCUGGUCCACACCAUAUUAGACACCAUGUUUCCUUCUACGGAAGCUCAUGAACACAAAAUGCUUUCAUCGAUUUGUAGCAAAUGGUAAAAAAAAUAUUUGUCAUUCAAUAAUGUUUUGAACUUUUACCUCUUCACUCAUUGCCAGUGAUGAAAGGAAGUCUGAUGUGCUUGUCAUUUUGCUGGAGGUUGUGCUCCCAGGUAUGUUUGACCUUAACGGCCAUCUGUAAAUAAGGUCUUACUCCAACACAAAAAUACCGCUUGCUUGCAGUGAUUUAGGUAUGUACUGCCCCCUAUCGCCAUGGAAAACACAUAGUCACUUUAAAUACCAGAACUGGCCUUCAGCUUUUUUCAGCGCUCAAAAAAUCAAGUUAAGGAGCACUCAGGUGAAAAGAUGUCAUUUUUUAAAUUCUAUAUUCUGUUCUGUAAUUGUGCUGGUGUAUGUUUUUUUUUGUAUGGCCUAUUCAUGUUGCAUGUAAAACUUAGCAUUAAAGCAAUAAAUGUUGACCAUGUCUACACAAGA